GCUAAACAUAGAAUGUUGCGGUUAAGUACUAUACAAAUCCAAUUGGUGGAGGCUACAAACAUCAACGAAACCAGAAAUAUUACGAUAGUCCCAUAAGGAAGCCUGCCUCAUUAAGUUGCGACGGACUCACAUUUAGGGCACCAGGAAAUGUCCCAUACGAUAGGAGGUAUUAUGGGGGCUUCCACACACACGGCUAUACCGAUUAUCCCGUCAAGUAUUCCGUUUAUAUAUAUUCAUGUUUAUGACGACAGGAUGUAUCAUCAGCCCAUGCCCGUCUGUUUGCCUGGGUCUGUACUAAACGUCGACUUUAGAGACUACGAUUCAAAGACAAAGUUCGGUGCAUAGAUUCUUAUAUAGAAUUCACGAAGCGUUAUAGCACAAUUUGGAAAUCAGCCAACCAAUACUUCAAACGAAUCUGUGCUGUGGAGCUGGGCUCAAGAUAUCUCCUAGUCGGCAAAUGUUAUCGAUUCCAGGCACUCCCUUUUUUCAUAUUUCCUGAACUUGGUUUGGUACAUUCAAAUUUAUCUCAAAAUCCUUUUAAAACUGCUUUUCACCUGUUGCUGUCGGGUAAAUCGGAUCCAUGGCGCGAAAUGAGUCAAUACGCUGGAUAGAGCUGGAAAGCUGUCUGCCCGUGUGGAGCCGCAUGAACCGACGCAACACAGAUGGAAAGUAUCGCAAUCUGCCGCUGAGCAGGCUCCACAAAUACGACGUGGAGAUAGAGGAUCGCCUGUGGUCGCUGUGGGGGAAUCUUCACCCUGAAGCCCCCGUGUUUCAGAGGAGGUUGCGUGGACGUCAAUAUCUCGCCAUAUAUGUGAUCGCCUGCUGUGCGGCCAGUGUUUACAACCUCAUGGACUGGAGCGCCCAACUGCUGGACACAAUUGUCGUGAAUGGUAGCAAAUACUUUGAAGAGAGCAUCGCUCAAAUUCCUCAGAAGGACUACGAGUUCUCCUUGGAGAACCUCAACAUUGACUGCACCCUAGAAACAAUCGACUUUGUGGUUCAUAUAGAGCACGUCUGCUAUGGCAACCUCUAUCGCGUGCCCACCUUCAAUCGCAUGAAUCUCUCUGAGGCGCUCAUCUACUUCUUCAGCCACUACCGAUUCGGCAUUGUGAUGGUUCGCAAACGUGCAUUGGCUAUCGGCUUCUGUCCAGGCCACGCCGGGGGUUACUUUAUGUUUGAUUGCCAGGAAAAGGAUCAGCCGCUUUUCCCCAAACAGCAGGGCGCCUCGUACCUACUUCGCACACGACAUCUGCAAGUGCUGCUCUACUGCAUCGUGGUCACCCUGAAUGUGCCCAAGCAUAACGUUGGCUUUAGCAUCCACAAGGUAGAGAUGUUGCGCGAAGGCGCCACCGUUGAGAGCGAAGACGAUGAGGGCUCUCCAAGCAAGCAUGAACAGUAGAGUAGAGUAGCAAAAGCGAUCUUCCGGUGUAUUUGGUCUUGUGAUUUAAAUAAAAAAUAAACUUAAUCAACCCGAAUACAUGGCCAAUUGUAUUCUAAAAACUUGUUCAAAAUCGCACUAAUGUUGCCUUAGACAUGGUUAUUCACGUGGGUGACACCAGUUUUGGUCCGAAGCCUGGGACUGGUAGUCCCUUGUGUCUCUAUUAGUCGCCUCUUACGACAAGCGAUGACA